CGUAUAAGUAUUCUGAUCCAAGAGCGGAGCGAGUGAAGAAAAAAAAAAAAAGUUUCCAAAAGUUUCCAAACGCUGAUUGAGAGUUACUCAGGACGAAGCAGAGGUUUACCGCCGAUCCAAAGAAGAACCCACACAGAUACAGAGCAAAAUGCCAAGUGAGCGGAUGACAGUAAGAGGCACGUCGGAGAUUGGGCGUUUCCCCGGAGCAGCCCCGCCCACCAGGGUAGAGCUGACCGUUUACAAAGAGGGGGAGAAAAAACAUGAAGAGGGAGGCUGUCGCCGAUGGCUCAGGAGGAUGUGUCCGUGCUGCUGUAAGCGCCAGAACAGCUCCUCCUAUGAUGUUACAGACAAGGUUGAGAUGGUCAAACCCCCCACCCCUAACCUGACCCCGGAGCCUGCCAAGCCAAAGCCCGAGAAUGGAGAAGCAAAGGAAAUGGAAGAAAUGAAGCUGUCUGUGCGUUCGGUCGACCUGCUGAGCUCCAAGACGAGUCAGAACAGACGGGAGCAUCACACCAACCUGUACCAUGGCGAUGAGCUGAUCAUCCGCAGAGGACAGACCUUCCAGAUGGAGCUGGAGCUCAACAGGCCCUUCAGUGCUGAAACCGACAAGCUGCAUCUGGACCUGAAAACAGGUCCCCUGCCCAUGGUGUCCAAAGGCACGCACGUCAUCAUUCCCCUGGUGAAACACCUGGAGGACGAACGCUGGGAGGCAAAGAUCGUAGAGCAGAGCGCCAACAAGAUCAAGCUGUCUGUCAACUCGCCAGCCACCGCUGUGAUCGGCCUGUACGGGCUCAGCGUGACAACGAACUCUCUAAAGGGCGAGGCCGCAAACACUCACGACUCCAGCAAGAACAUCGUCAUGCUUUUCAACCCUUGGUGUGAAGAGGACACAGUGUUCCUGGAUGACGACGAGGAGAGGGACGAGUACGUGCUGAAUGACAUCGGGAGGAUUUACUACGGCACAGAGAAACAAAUCGGUGCACGCACAUGGAACUUCGGGCAGUUUCAUGAAGGAAUCCUGGAUGCAUGUCUGUUCGUCCUGGAGAAGAGUGACAUGCCUCCAUCUGGUCGAGGGGAUGCUGUCAACGUGGUCAGAGUCCUAUCUGCCAUGAUAAACGCUCAGGAUGACUUUGGGGUUCUGGUUGGGAACUGGUCUGGAGAUUACGCCGAUGGAGUCUCUCCUUCUGCGUGGAGCAGCAGUGUGGAGAUCCUGAGGAAAUACCACUCCUCCGAUGGCACGCCCGUGUCAUACGGACAGUGCUGGGUCUUUUCUGGGGUCACUACAACAGUGCUGCGGUGUCUUGGGAUACCCGCCCGCAGUGUCACCAACUUCCAGUCUGCUCAUGAUACUGAUGUGUCCCUCACCACAGACGUGUAUUUUGAUGCCAACAUGGAGCCGAUUGACUACCUCAAUAGUGACUCUGUCUGGAACUUCCAUGUAUGGAACGACUGCUGGAUGGCCAGACCAGACUUGCCUCCUGGUCAUGGAGGCUGGCAGGCUGUUGACUCCACUCCCCAGGAAACAAGCCAGGGCACCUUCCGCUGCGGCCCCGCGUCUGUCAACGCCAUCCGCUCCGGCCAAGUCUACCUCAAACAUGACACGCCUUUUGUCUUCGCAGAGGUCAACAGUGAUAAGAUCUACUGGCAGAGGAACCUGGAUGGUACUUUCAGCCAGAUCUAUAGUGAGAAAAAAGCUGUCGGCCACAACAUUAGCACCAAGGCAGUGGGCUCUGACGAGCGGGCAGACAUCACAAACAUGUACAAACACCAGGAAGGUUCAGAAGAGGAACGCAUCGCUGUGGAGACUGCUAGUCGCUAUGGCAGCAAGCCAGACGUCUACUCCGAACCCAUGGCAGAGGACGUUAGCGUGGAGGUGAAGAUGGAUGGCGAGGGGCCCAGGAUGGGUGCUGACGCCAAGCUGAGCAUCUUGGUGAAGAACCUGAGUUCACAGCCUCGUCGGACAACGCUGCACAGCCAGGUGGCCGUCAUGUACUACACCGGUGUGCUGAAGGGAACCAUCAAGAAGGAGGAGAUGCCUGUGGAGCUCUUGCCCAAUGAAGAAAAGACCAUUGAGUGGGUGCUGCCCUACCAGCAGUACCAAAACCAGCUGGUGGACCAGGCGGCCCUGAUGCUGACCCUGUCUGGAAGAGUCAGUGAGACCCAGCAAGUGUUAGCCAACCAGACCACUUUCAGGCUCCGCACACCUGACCUUAGCAUCAGGCCUUUGGGAGAAGCUGUGGUCGGUAAGGAGAUGGCAGCAAAGAUCACCUUCACCAACCCGCUGCCACGUAUGCUUAAGAAUGUGGUGUUCAGAGUGGAGGGCCUGGGUCUACAAAAGGGCCAUGAAGUGGUUGUAGGUGACGUCGGUGGUCACUCCACAGUGACGUUGACGGAGCACUUCAUCCCCACCCAGCCUGGAUCCCGGAAGCUGGUGGCGUCUCUUGACUGUAAACAGCUCACACAAGUGCACGGAGUGGCGGAUAUCGUCGUUUUUGAACAGUGAGAGGGUCGCUAUGGCAACAUUGCUCUUUUCUUAUGAAAUAUAGACUGAAAGCCUCUAAUUAUAUAAAGUCUGCUAAGUUCCUUUAUCUUAAACUAUCUUGUUUAUUUUAUACAGCAAAGUUUGAAUUUUGAUAUUUUUAAAACUAUGAAUAUACAUUUAACAAAUGCAGUAUUAUCAGUAUUACUAUUUUUUUAACUUGAAAUAAUAUAAUUUCACACAUCUGCCUGCUCUAAAAUGUUAAACCUAUGGUGAUGAAGUAUGAAGCAGCGUUUAAAAGCAUGCAAAUGGAGUGCCUUAAAUAACAAACAUUCAAAUGUUGAAGUAAUUAAACUGUCAUAUUACAAAUACACUGAACAAAUCUUGUGAAGGUGCAGUCAGGUUAUCAGUAUUUUGUUAUAAUGAUCAUACUAAUAAUGUUCUGUAUGUGUGUAAUACAUAUAGCUUGGUGAAAAGAAUAUAUGUUAAAAGUACUUUCAGACAAAAUGAACCUCACAUGGCUUCAAUGAUGGAGGGGCAAUGUGAAAUGUUCUGAAAGGGAAUGAUGCUGAAAUUGAUGUUGACAUUGUGCAAAGGGCACAUUGGAAUUUCCCUUUUUCUUCUGUUACAUUUGAUGUGAAAUUUUGUGAUCAAAGUUGAAAGAUGAAGCCAUUUUCCAUAAUAAUUGACAAUGUAAAUUUGGAUAAAAAAAUUGAAGUCUGCAAGGACAUGGCUACAAGGUUAUUUCAUUCAUCAGAUGAGAUGCAAAUUCAUAUUGCCUCCUUUGUUUGGAAAACCCCACAAGUUAGUGCUCAUGAACGUCUCCUUUUGCAGAACACAGACACUAAAUGUUCUUUGUAGUUGAACUUUGCCAGGUGUUGCUCUGAAUGUCCUGUGUGUAUUUCCUCCAUCCUGUGUGUAUAAUUACACUGACAUGAGUUUUUCAGUAUUUUGUAAUUUACCUUUAAAAUUGGACUUGCCUUCGCUGUGAAUCGUAGACAACUACAUCACAACAGAAGCCAGAGUAGCCUUCAUUCACCUUAGUUUUACUAGUUGUAGUCUGUGUAACCUCAGCACUCAAAGUACAAUGUGAAGGAACUAUUUUGAUAACAUUAUACUAUUUAUCUACCGUAUCUACCUGGACUGUUUUUUUGUAUUGUCUGUGUUGCAUUGGAAAUAAAAUUGACACUGAAAUGACGUCUGAAGAGUUGU